AUGAUAUUAUGUGAUUUUCCAACAGAACCCAUCAAAACCCUUAUUGAUUCAGGCGCCACCUCUAACUUCAUCUCCCCUGGCCUGGUCAAAAAAUUAAAAAUCCCAAAAACCCUACUUGAAAAUCCACAAGUAGUGAGAAUGUUAGAUGGUACCCUUUCACAGACUGGUUACAUAUGGCACCAGGUCCAACUUGCAGUCUUGGCCAAUGGCCAUCCCCACACUAUCCCUUUCCUUGUUUGCCCCAUAGGCAACACUCUGGCAAUUUUAGGCAUGACAUGGCUAACCACAGAAUCCCCCCUCAUUGAUUGGCAACAGGGACUAGUCACAUUCCCUGAACAAGUACAAAUUGCCUCCAAAGAAGAAGCAGACUUGGAUCCCUUAGCAGACCUCCCCACUCAAUAUCAUGAGGAGUAUGAUAUUGCAAUUGACCUUGUCCCUGGCGCUAAGCUCUCCCCUGGACCCAUCUACAGUAUGACCAAUGCAGAAUCCAGGGCACUCAAGCAACACAUUGAUGAGGAGUUAGCUACAGGGAAGAUCUGCCCUAGUACUUCCUCUACUGGCACCCCAGUCAUGUUUGUCAAGAAGGCCAAUGGAUCCCUACAACUGGUUGUUGACUAUAGGAAGCUCAAUGAUGUCACUCACAAAAAUGUGUAUCUACUCCCCAGACAAGACAACCUAAUGGCUAAACUCCAACACACCAAAAUGUUCACUAAAUUGGAUUUGCGCUGGGGUUAUAACAACAUACAAAUCAAGAAGGGUGACAAAUGGAAAACGGCCUUUAGAACCAAAUAUGGGUUGUUUGAAUACUUAGUAAUGCCUUUUGGUCUAACAAAUGCUCCAGCUGCAUUCCAACAUUUUAUGAACAACCUGUUCAGGGACCUUAUUGAUGUUACUGUGGUUAUCUACUUGGACAACAUCCUGAUCUUCUCCAAAAAACCAGAGGAUCAUCCAGCCCAUGUAAAGGAAGUUCUGUCCAGACUAAUGACAAAUCAGUUGUUUUGCAAAUUGUCCAAAUGCCACUUCCAUGUUACAAUGGUUGACUACCUUGGCAUUGUCAUAUCCCCAGCUGGUUUCUCCAUGGAUCAAAAGAAGAUUGAAGCAGUCACCUCAUGGCCCCAGCCCAAGACAAUCAAGCAAGUCCAAGGAUUCCUAGGCUUUGUCAACUACCUUUGCUGUUUCAUCCCCAACUUCAGCUCUGUUGCAUGCCCCCUCCACAAUCUCACAAAAAAGGAUUCCCCCUGGUCAUGGGGUAACCCUGAAGAAGAAGCGUUCCAAGAGCUGAAAGCCCUUGUUACCAAGGCACCGGUCCUCAUCCACUCAAAUCCCAAUUUACCCUACUAUCUUGAAACAGACGCAUCAGGAGUAGCUAUGGGAGCCAUACUUAGUCAGCAAGGGGAAGAUAACUGUUUACAUCUGGAACUUCUGGCUAUCAUCAAGGCGCUGGAAGAAUGGCACAUCUUCUUAGAAGCAACAGACAAACCAGUACAGGUGUUUACAGACCAUUGGAAUCUGGAGUACUGGAUGCAGGCCUGCACAUUCAAUAGGAGGCAUGCACAUUGGUGGAUAUUCCUGAGCAACUUCAAUUUUGAAAUCCACUACUGCCUGGGAAAAGAAUCAGGAAAGCCAGAUGCCCUGUCCAGGCAAGCAGAUAACACAAAUGUAUCCCAAGAGCUGGAAGUCAUGCUCCCAUUAGAAGUUUUUGCCAAUACAUCUGAAGAGGAACUGGGAAUUGUCACGGAAAUUCAAAGCAAGCUAAAGGAAGACCCCUCCCUGGAGCAGAUCAUAAAAUUGUUGACAGAAGAUGCAGACAAAGCCCUGCCAUCAAUCCAAAAGGCCUAUAGGGAUUAUGACUGGGAGGAAGAUCUCCUGGAAUUUCAUGACUCCCCCUUGGCAGGUCAUCCAGGUCAACAAAGAACCCUUGAGCUCAUCAGUAGGAAUUACUGGUGGCCUGGGAUGAAAUCCUCAGCCAAGGAAUGGGUUGAGUGCUGCCCAGUAUGCCAAGCUAACCAACAAGCCCAUGCACCAGUGAUUGCCCUGAAACCUCUGGAAGUCCUGCCAUACCCCUUUCACACCAUUUUGUACAACUUCAUCACUGGGUUCCCCAAGUCUCAAGGAAACAAUGCCAUCCUAGUGGUCAUAGAUUCCUUUUCAAAGUUUGGCCACUUCAUCCCCACUUCAAAGAAGCUCCAUGGGUUACCAGUCAAAACUAUCUCAGACUGUGGAACCACAUUCACUGGGAAAUUCCUAAGGGCGCUUUAUCAACAACUUGAUAUCAAACCAUCUUUCUCCUCUGCAUAUCACCUGGAAUCCAAUGGACAAACAGAGAGGGUUAACCAAUUCAUUGAGUUCUACCUUAGAUCAUACGUUGCGGCAGAUCAUUCAGACUGGUCCACCUGGUUACCAUUGGCAGAAUACGCAUACAACAACGCCAAACAUGCUGCCACUGGGAAGACCCCCUUUGAGCUAGUUUACAGAAGGAACCUGGUUAUGAGUCCAUCCAACAGUCCAGCAAAUGUCCUGGAAGCCAACAAGGUAGCAGACACCCUAGCUAGGGAAUGGAAGGAGGCUGAGUCAGCACUCAGGAUGACAAAGGAACAGACAGCUGGGACCAAAGGAAUAAUCCCUGAAUAUUCUGUUGGGGAAAAAGUAUGGCUAGAUGCAAAAAAUGUGGUAAUCUGGUCCAACUUCAACAAAUUGGACCCAAAGCGCCUGGGACCAUUUGAGAUCACCAAAAAAAUUUCCAGUCUUAUUCUGUUCCCAGAACGCCCCCAUCCUGAAACAAUAGAAGGGGAGGAGGAAUACAAAGUAGAGCAGAUCAUAGACUCCAAAAGGCAACAAGGAAAGUGGUUCUAUCUGAUCAAAUGGAAAGGUUACAGCCCAGAAGACAACUCAUGGAAACCAGAAGAGCUGUUGGAGCAUAGCCAAGAAGAAAUUAGCUGUUUCAACAAGUCACAAUUGAAAAAGGCUUGUGACUCUGCCAAGAGCCUUUGA